CGGGCUGGGUCCCUUCAUGGGGCGGCCCCUGGAAUCCUCCCAGAGCAAGGGGAGAUCUCGCAGAGCCUUGGAGAAGCAGCUCCCUUAGGAAUCCACUCACUGGGACAGCCAGGACAAAGCUGCAGGGUCGAGUCCCAAGCUCCACACGCUUCUUGGGGUUUGCUUGUAAAACUCGUGGAGAGGCAUGGACACGAACGUGGUGCCCCUGGAGGGGGGCCAGCCUCUCCUGAUGGGUCUGAACGGCAUCGAGUUCAAGCGUCACCCCAAGGCCACGAAAUCUAAAAAGGCUGUUCUUUUCUUUGAGGUGGAGAUCCUGGAUGCCAAGACCAGGGACAAGCUGUGCUUCCUGGAUAAGGUGGAGCCCAAUGCCACCAUCGCCGAGAUCAAGAACCUCUUCACCAAGUCCCAUCCCCAGUGGUACCCAGCCCGACAGUCCCUCCGCCUUGACCCCAAGGGGAAGUCCCUGAAGGAUGAGGACGUGCUACAGAACCUGCCGGUGGGCACCACGGCCACACUGUACUUCCGGGACCUGGGUGCGCAGAUCAGCUGGGUGACGGUUUUCCUCACCGAGUACGCUGGGCCCCUGCUUAUCUACCUGCUCUUCUACUUCCGAGUGCCCUUCAUCUACGGCCCCAAGUAUGACUUCACCUCCAGCAAGCACUCGGUCGUGCACCUGGCCUGCAUCUGCCACUCUUUCCACUACAUCAAGCGCCUGCUGGAGACCAUCUUUGUCCAUCGGUUCUCACACGGGACGAUGCCCUUGCGCAACAUCUUCAAGAAUUGCACAUACUACUGGGGCUUUGCAGCCUGGAUGGCGUAUUACAUCAACCACCCGCUGUACACCCCACCAACCUACGGAGACGAGCAGGUCAAGCUGGCGCUCAUUAUAUUCCUGUUCUGCCAGCUGGGGAACUUCUCCAUUCACAUCGCUCUGCGGAACCUGCGGCCGGCGGGCUCCAAGACGAGGAAGAUCCCGUACCCCACCAAGAACCCCUUCACGUGGCUCUUCUUGCUAGUGUCUUGUCCUAAUUAUACCUAUGAGGUGGGCUCCUGGAUCGGCUUUGCCAUCAUGACUCAGUGUCUCCCAGUGGCCCUGUUCUCUCUGGUCGGCUUCAUCCAAAUGACCAUCUGGGCGAAGGGGAAGCACCGCAGCUACCUGAAGGAGUUCCGGGACUACCCACCCCUGCGCUCGCCUAUCGUCCCCUUCCUGCUCUGAGCCGCGGGGGCUGCUGGGGCUUCGUGUAUCUGUGCAGUCCAGGGAGGAGCCCAUCCCCCACAUCUGGCCAGCUGGCACAGGGCUCGGGGGAAGCUGCCCAAACUCACCCAACUCCUCCCUGCUGGGUUUCUGCAGCUGCCCCUGUGCUCUCUUGGGGGGGGGGGGUGUCCCCACCACCCCCAGGGAAGCCAACACCCAGCCCUGCUCAGAGUCGAUGCUCUCCUCCCGCUGCGCCAUGCACCCAGAUCUACAGCCCUGCCUAACUGGAAGUGAACCCAGGGAGAAGCUGGAGCUGCCUCUGGCUGGAUGCAGCCACUCAGAGCUGUGGCCUGGAGGGAAGGACCCUGGCCCCAGGCACCUGCCAACGCAGCCUGAUCCCAGAGGGGCUGAGCGCUCGUGCCCACGGUGGAGCUGGUGGGAGUGGCAGGUGCUCAGCCCCCCCGGAGACCAGGUACCAGCUCAGGAUCAGAGGUGCCUCAUUUCCGGCUCCUGAGCAGGACGAGAACUCCUUUCUUGGGUCACAUCUCCGUGGCAGGGCCUCAGGGGGCGAGUCCUGGGCUGGGGCAUGGGCCCUGUUCAGCACCCCUCUCCUUCGCAAGCUGCCCAGGGGCGAGUCCUGGGCUGGGGCACGGGCCCUGUUCAGCACCCCUCUCCUUCGCAAGCUGCCCAGGGGCGAGUCCUGGGCUGGGGCACGGGCCCUGUUCAGCACCCCUCUCCUUCGCAAGCUGCCCAGGGGCUGCUGCAAGACACAGCUGGGCUCUGGCUUCUGCCCUGCACCCCAGCUGAGGCUGGCAGGGUCUGGUCAGGCCCCCAGCCCCAGGCUGCCUUUCCCAUGCGCCCUGCUGGCCCAGCUGUUAAGGGCAUCCGAGCCUGAGCAGGCCCCAUGGGCAGCGAGUUUGCAGAUGAGUGUUUAGAAUGGUGCUGGCACAAGUGGGAGUCGGACCUGAGGCAUGUUGGGGGAGGGGGGGGGGUGAGCCAGGAGUGGGGUGACGAGAGAAAGGGGAAGGGCACUAGCCCUGUGUAGGGAAAGCCAGGGGCAGCAGAUCAGGAUUGUGGGGCACUGGCAGGGCUGAGGGGGCAGGGGGAGCGGAAGGGGCAGGGCUGUGUGGGGGAAGCUCAGCGGGCAGCUGCUUGACUCAAGCCAGCGCCGUUAAUUGUAAGCACAGUAAAGGUUUUUCUUUUGUACCAUUCUUCUGUUCCGUACUUCCCCGGGCCGCUGAGCGGCUGCCCUGGCCCCCUGUCCCAGGCUGGAGCUCAAGCCUGGCUGUGCCGGGAGGGCAGGGGGCAGAGCAGGCUCUUCUAAUAAAGACGGGGGGUGAGACCCUUCCUGGGCCCAGCCCAGCUCCCUCCUUCACGGGCUCCUUGGCA